AUUUCAAUACAAGAAAAUAUUGUAGACCUAUCUAAUGAAUUAUCUAAUAAAUAUGUUGUUUCAUUUUUAUCUAGAAAUCUUGUAGCUGAUGAAUUUUUGAAAGAGUUUAAUGAAGCUGAGAAUCUUGUAAAUAUAGAUGAUAUAUCUACAGAGCUAGAACAAACAGUAAUUAGUGAAAGAAGCAAAAAAAAAAGUAUUAGAGGAAAAGGUCAAAAUAAGGAUGAAAAAAAUAGUUUAAGUUCUAAGAAAAAAGCUGCAAUUUUUGCGCAAUUACUCAAACCACCUAGUUUUAAUAUUUUAGUUCACAAUAUGCCUUAUUAUAAAGGCUAUUUAAUAUUACUAAAAAUUUAUUCAGGUUAUAGAGCUUGUGGUAUAGUACGAACAAAUUCUUCAAUGUUUUCUAAAAUAUUAAAAUUUGAAAAAUCUGUUUAUUUAGAUUGGAAUAUUUUAUCUGGUGUUGUUGUAAAUGAUAUUUUAGUAAUGCUAUGGGUAGAUAAUAGUCCUGUCUAUAUGCUUUCUACUAUUCAUAGUAUUAAAA